AUGGGCACGUCUGCGGAGGACGAGCGCACCGCCAGCCCCAGAGACCAGGAAUGGCCGGAAGCGGAGAAGGCUGAGAAACUGGCCAGAGGAGCUGCUCUGAAAUGGGCUUCAGGGGUGUUUUACCGCCCGGAGAACCUGGAGGGGCUGGGGCAGUACCGGAGCAGAGAGACACAGAGGAACAGCUCCAUCCAGUCCCGCCUGAAGUCCACCGUGCAGUCCUACCUGGAGGGGGUGAGCCUGGGUCUGGAGCAGCUGCGCGGGGCGGCGCGGGAGGCGCGGAGUGUGUGCCGGGAGCUGGGGGCCGCGCGCUGGGCCCUGCUGGACUGCGCUGAGCACGGGCAGCACCUGCGGCCGCUGCGGGCACUGGGAGCCCAGCACCUGCAGCUGGCCUCGGUGGUCCAGCUGCUGCCCCAGCUCUUCUCGGUCCAGGAGGUUUGUUCCCAUACCCUGCAGCUGCUCCGUGGGCAGCAGCUCCUGGAGGCCCACGCAGAGCUCAUGAUGCUGGAGCACCUCCGGGAUGACAUCCUCUCCCAGCUGCACCUCCGUGGGCUCUCCAGUGCCCAGGCAACAGUGCUCUCCUACUUCAGUGGCCUGCAGGAGCUCAACAAGAGCCUGGCCAAGCAGCUGUGGGACAUCGUGGGCAGCAGCUUGAGGCUGGUGCGUGAGGACCCAGUUCUCUUUGUCACCGCUGUCAGGAUCAUCGAGCGGGAGGAGAAAAUAGACAAUGCUCUGCUCCUGGAGGCCUCCUUCCUGCCCCCCAGCCGCCCCAAGGCCUGGAGGCAGAAGUUUUACCACGUCCUUCAGGAGACCAUCACAGGAUCCCUGUUCCAUGCCCCUCACGUGGACGCUGAGGGGCCAGGGCUGGCCAGGCACCUGGCAGCGCUGCAGAAGGACAUCGUGUCCCAGCUGCGUGUGGUGAAGGAUCUGAUGGUCCAGUGUGUCCCAGCUCACUAUGACAUCCUCAACGUCUGCACUGCUACCUACCACCAGACCCUCAGCAGCCACCUCCAGGACAUCCUUCGAGAGAACCUGGACAAACAGGGGCUCUUCCUCCUCCUUGAGUGGGCUCUUCAUGUCUAUCACAGCUCAGAGAUGAUGGGUCACCCUGACCUUCUCCCAGAAGUCGAUGUUUCUUCUCUGGGUCCCUUGAUGUCCCCUGAGCUUGUGGAUCAGACAGAGAGGAAAUACGUGGUGAAAGUCAAGGCUAGUGUGCUUGAGUGGAUGCAGAGGACCUUGGAGGUGGAGUUCAAGGAGUGGUUCAGGGAAGAGGAACCUGAGACAGACCAUCAGGGUUUCUUCCAGUCAGCCCUGCCUGUCAUUGUCAUGCAGAUGCUGAAUGAGAACAUCCAGGUGGCCUCCUUGAUCACUGAGUCUCUGCAGCAGAAGGUCUACAACAUGGCCAUGGAGGAGCUGGAGGCAUUUCUGGGCCGGCUGCGGGACGCGCUGGGGCGCUGCGGGAAGGAGCGCCAGAAGGACCGGGCGCUGCCCAAGCACUACACCUCCUACCUGCUGGCCAUGCUCAACAACACCCUGGCCCUCAGCUCCUCUGUCUCCUCCCUGCACCCCGACUCUGCCCACAGAGAAGUCCCUGCAUCCCUCCAGGCUGCCCUAGACAGGACUGAGAAGAAGGCCUGCCAGCUGCUGCUGGAGGAACUGCUCCUGGACCUGCAGCCCCUCUGCCUGCAGCUGCCUUCCCGCAAGUGGCUCUCGGGGUCCCAGCUGGUCAGCAACAUGUGUGAGGUGAUUGACAAGUACACCAAGGACUUCUCCCACCUCAGGAAACCCGUCUUCACUGUCCUGCUGAUGGAGACCGAGCUCCUGGUGACCAGCCAGUACCUCCGGGCCCUCAUGCAGAAGAGGCUGGUGUGCAGGAGCGCGGAGGAGCGGGGGCAGCUGUGCCAGCGCCUGCUGCAGGACGCCACGCAGCUGCGGGAACUCUUCUGUGGCCUGGGUCUGGACAGGAGCCAGCAGAGCCUGGAGGCCAUUUUUGCCCUGCGAGAGCUGAUCUGCCUCAGGGACCCUGCACUGCUCAGCCUGGAGGUGCUGGGCUUCAUCACCAAGUACCCUGACGUCAGUGAUGAGCACAUCUCCACCCUGCUGGAUCUGCGGGGGGACGUCUCCAGGGAGGUGAGGCACGUGGUGCUGGAGAUGAUGCUGCAGCACCCCCAGGUCCUGCCCCAGGACUACAGGCCCAUCUUCAGCACCAUCUUGGUCCCUGCACCGGAGCUGCGCUUCUGCCUGGGCAAGGGCAAGUGUGCCUGACACUGCCC